AAACAGACGAUACCAUGAAGCUUCUUGCAAGAUAGUGGAUCUACUAUUAAUAUCUGUCUGGUAAAGAAGAAGUAUUUUUUGCAAAGCGAAGCUCCUUUCCUGCUGGUAGUUUGGAAACAGUGGAGAUGGGAGAACAUCAGAAACGAAAUCCUAGCAAACACCGCUAUCCUAAAUUGCCACGUGUCCAGGUUCCUUCAAGCGAAUGGGACUCGUUCUUGAUGAAGGGUUUGAACGCAGGACAAAAACGCUAUUUUUACAGCAUUCUGAGCAUCUACGACAGCCGAGGCCAGAGGGAAGCACUGUCCCACCGAUACACCAUCGGCCUUCAGCGCCAAAAUGCGCUCGGGCUCAUCACCAAGAGGCAGUUGGGAUACUACGCUUCCUUCCUAAAAGAUUCGACACCUUGCGGAAGGUCGACGCUAGGAAGAGCGUCGGCCUCCUAAGCAGAGGGCAAGGGGAGCCCAGUUGCCUUUCUGUGAUUAAACAGGAAUCAAAGAAGGAAGGCCCAGAAGCUCAGCAGGCGAGGAUGAAUCACGGUUUGGCGUUUGGGGAAGAACGGGGCAGUUGGCCUUCGGCCGGUCCGGCUUUUUGCAAAAUGCAACGGCCAUUUUGGAAAGAAGAGACUGGACUUGUUUGAAGAGAGGCCACCUUGGCUGGCGAAUGAAACAAGAGGCUCCUUG